AUGGUACGAAUAGAUGCGGUCCUCCAAAACGCGCACAGCUCAUAUGAUUCUCAGGCCACUCCCACCGCAAAGAGGAUCAGCCGUGUAACCGCCGGUUCCGCCGCCAAAGCGUCUUCCUCUGCUGCCACCACUUCCACUUCUGCGACCAUCUCCACUGCUGCCGCCGGCUACCCCAAGCUGACGCAGCCCGUGAACGAAGAGGAAGCCCUGAGUCAGCUUGCUCUUGCCCGUGCUGAGCUCGCCGCUGGGGGAGACAACGCCGCCGCCCUGGUCGAGGACCUUGGCCAGACCAUCUUCGGCAAAGAAGCCUUCAGCAUUGCCAAGAAGCCGUACGUGCAGUUCCCAACAGAGGCUGAGCUGAGAGAGCGUCGCGAGAAUGCGAAGUUUCACAUCUUGAAGUCUUGGGCGGAGUUCGAUGAAGCGGGAGAUGCGAAGCACUGCGGAGAUUUGAAGCACCUUGGGAGAGUCAUCUAUGGCUUCCUUGAGUUCGACGAAGCGCUCAAGGAGUUCAACGAAGAAUAG